AUGUCCUUCCGCACUGAGCGUGACACUUUCGGUGAGCUUCAGGUCCCAGCCGAUCGCUAUUGGGGGGCACAGACACAGCGGUCGCUACAAAACUUUGACAUCGGUGGUCCCUCACAACGUCUACCGCCUCCCCUACUCAAGGCUUUCGGCGUGGUGAAGAAGGCAGCAUCCAUCGUUAAUAUCGGCUAUGGCCUAGAUCAUACAAUAGGCGAAGCCAUCCAGAAAGCAGCUGAUGAUGUCAUUUCCGGGAAGCUCAUGGACCACUUCCCCUUGGUUGUCUUCCAGACUGGAAGUGGAACUCAAACCAACAUGAACGUAAACGAGGUGAUUUCGAACCGUGCGAUCGAACUUCUUGGCGGCGAACUCGGUUCCAAGAAACCGGUCCAUCCCAAUGACCAUGUUAACAUGAGCCAGAGCAGUAACGAUACCUUCCCAACAGCUAUGCACGUCGCCGCCGUGACUGAAAUUAGCCACUCGCUGCUUCCGGCAUUGACAGAACUCAGGGAUGCACUUGACGAAAAGGUUCAGUCAUUCAGUCACGUUAUCAAAAUCGGACGCACGCACUUGCAGGACGCUACUCCCCUGACCCUUGGCCAAGAGUUCAGCGGAUAUGUCCAGCAAAUCGAUAAUGGCAUCGCUCGUGCUAAAGACGUCCUUCCUCGCUUAAGUUUUCUAGCUCAAGGUGGAACUGCUGUUGGCACAGGUCUUAACACGAAAAAGGGUUUCGACGUGAAGAUUGCAGCCGAGAUCUCCAAGAUUACAGGCUUGGAAUUCCGGACCGCACCUAACAAGUUUGAAGCUCUAGCGUGCCACGACGCCCUUGCCGAGGCUCAUGGUGCUCUGAAUGUCAUCGCUUGUUCUCUGAUGAAGAUCGCCAAUGACAUUCGAUUCCUUGGCUCUGGUCCUCGCUGUGGUUUCGGUGAACUGAUUCUCCCCGAGAAUGAACCUGGCAGCAGCAUCAUGCCCGGUAAGGUCAAUCCCACGCAGUGCGAGGCCGUGACUAUGGUCGCCGCUCAAGUGAUGGGUAACCAGACUACUGUUAGCAUUGCUAGUGCUAGCGGACACUUCGAGCUCAACGUCUUCAAACCCGUUAUAAUUAUGAACGUGUUACAGAGCAUUCGUCUUCUCUCUGAUGCUUCCCGUUCGUUCACAAAGAAUUGCGUGGUUGGUAUCCAAGCCAACGAGAAGCGCAUCAACCACCUCCUGAACGAGAGUUUGAUGCUGGCAACAAUUCUAAACAGCCACCUUGGCUAUGAUAAUGUAGCCAAGUGCGCAAAGAAAGCGCACAAAGAAGGAACGACGCUGAAGGAAGCAACGGUUGCGCUCGGAUUCCUGACAUCUGAGGAGUUCAAUGAGAAAGUACGCCCUGAGUUGAUGCUGUACCCAGAUGACGAAUAG